CGUCACAGCUGUGUCUCACAUUCUUAGUCAGAGUACUUAGCGAGUGAGGAGGAGAGAGUGGAAUUGCAUUUUCGGAUAUUUUCAUUUUGGAGUUAAUAACUAUGGGAGACGAACAGCCGGAAACCUUCAUGGUGCGUCUGCAAAGGCCAGACUCGGGCCUGUCAUGGGGAUUUCGGUUACAGGGUGGCGUGGACUUCAACACGCCACUCUCUGUUCAAGUGGUUCAACCCAAGAGUGUGGCGGACAGAUGUGGUUUACGAGCUGGAGAUGGAAUCAUCACCAUCAACAAGACCAACACAGAUGGACUGACGCACGAACAGGCAAAAAUGGAGAUCAUCCGCUCAUGCAAUGAUAUAGACAUGGUGGUCAUGAGGGGCGCUGUACAGAUCUGGCGCCCAAAGGUGACACCAAUGUCUGAUCUCAUGCCAACCGAGAAGCCCCAGCCCAUACAGACAGCCACAGGGGACCAGCUGUACACUGUCCAGAAAACCUCCCUCGCCAGGGACCAAGUAGAUGAGUCAUCCAAUAUUGGAAGCUCAUACAACCGGUCAGCAAAACCAUUCGGGGGUGCCCGGUUACAGAUGCAGCCCCAGCAACCACCCCAGCCACAGUAUGGCAGUGCACAGCCUGACUAUGGGCAGCAAUAUCAGCAGCAGGCCCCAGAAUCACCAAAGCGGGCUGUGCCCAAUGUAGUACAUGCUCAGUUUAAUUCUCCCAUUGGCUUGUACUCAGCAAGUAACAUUGCCAAAACAUACUCUUCACAGACAUCUGCCAUUCAGCAGGAAAUUGAAAACCUUGAUGUGAAUGAUGCCCCUCUCGGCACUAAGAUGACAGGAACCUACCAACGUCUCGACUCAAACCCCAAUCAGUCAUUUGGAACACAAUAUGGCUCCCCAAGUUCAGGUGAACAGGCAUCAGAGUCACCCACAGGCUUGCCUGACAGCCCAUCUGAAUCCAAUGAACGCUUGUCUGGUCAAGAGAAUGGAGUGAAUAGUGACGAGCAUGAAAAUUCUCAAACUAACACAACAAUUAAUAACAGUGGUCCCUCUGGUUUCCGGUCUGUGACGGCUCCCACAGCAAUGUCAAACCCUGCCCCACCUCCCAAGCAGGAGAACAUGCACUGUACUGGCUGCACAAACCUCGUCACGGGUGUAUUUGUGCGAAUCAAGGGAAUGCCAUAUCACGAGAAAUGCUUCAAAUGUGUCAGAUGCGGGGUCUUUUUGAAACAGAAAGGUUAUUUCAUGAUUGAGGGUCAACUUUACUGCGAGAUUCAUGCGAGGCAGACAGCCCAGUCUCCAGGGGAGAACAUGAAAUAUGCAGGAGCUGUUUAUAGAUAAAUGAUCAAAUGAUGACUAAAAUAUAUGAAUUCAGAUCCAGAUGAGUGAAGUAGUUUCCAUAGUAACCAGUGUGUACCUGAUGACCCCGACAAUUCAUUGUGUGUUCUAUAUUUAAGAAAAAAAAUAAAUAAUAUGUAUACUACAUUUUUUUGUAUGUAAUACAUUUCAUAAACUUAUCCAAUCCCAUACGAGUUCAUAUAUGUAUUGUAAAAGGGUACUUUUUGAAAGAAUUAUAUUUAAUUGUGAAUUAUGAAUACUAAUGUUCUUAUUGGUCAUUUUUCAACAUUACAGAAUAUGAUGGUAACUCUAGUCAAAAAUACAGGAAGUAUUCUGAACACAGUUUUGUUCAAUCAUAGUUCAUACUUGUGAAUUUAAUUGUAAUUCUGAAUCAACAGCCAUUUUCACAACACAGAUAACACACAUUUUAUUCCAAAGCAUGUUAUUAGUGAAACCUAUUUAGUUCUGGGGUGAUAUAUAUGCUGCACAAGGUGUUAAGAGUGAAUGUUUAUGAUAUUAUUUUACCUUUAACUGAUCCAUGUCCACACAUUUUGAUGAGCACAAACAUUUGGCCAUCCUCACUCUGCAUAUUGUUUAGUGCAGUAGUCUUUUAUAGAGCAUAUUCUUGUAGCCACCACAAUUAACCAAAAAAGUUAAUAAAUUAAUUGAAAAAAAAGGUACAAUUACAAAAGUGCGUUGAAUAUGGCAGGAUGAUAAAGGAUAGAGAUAUUUAGUAUGAAUUUACAUGUAUAUCGUUAAGUGCCAAUUUAUUGUUAAUGUUUGUGAUUUGUAUAUGUUUGUAUACUGGUGCUAUGUCAUUAUAUGAAUGGUUUGUUGAUAUUUAAAUUAUUUUGUAAUAUGUACAGGUUUUAUGAUGUUACAGUGAUAUUUUACGAUUGUCCCUCCCCACUGCUCCCCACCUCUCUCGCGCCAGCUAUUAAUGCCAUUAUUUUCUCUCUGAACAAACUGUUAUGAUUGGAAAAUAAACCUGACCAACUGACAAUCAAACUUUUAGCAAGUAUUUAAAAUACAAUGCAAGCUUUUCAAAGUUUUGUUCAUGUUGGCCUUCACACAACUAUAAAAAAGAUAAAAAAAUAAUAUCACUUAUGAUGAUAUUGAGAAUUAUUAUACCCCCACAAACGAAGUUUGAGGGGGUAUAUAGGAGUGAGCUUGUCGGUCGGUCGGUCGGUCGGUCGGUCGGUCGGUCUGUCGGUUUUCAUGGUUUCCGGACGAUAACUCAUGAAAGGCUAGACAGAUUUGAAAAAUUUUUGGUACACAGGUGUAACAUCAUAAGAUACAGGUCAAGUUCGAUAUUGGGGCUGGUGGGGCCAAGGUCAAGGUCACUGUUACUAAAAAUAGAAAAACGGUUUCCGGACAAUAACUCAUGAAAGGCUUAACAGAUUUGAAAAAAUUUUGGUACACAGGUGUAACAUCAGAAGAUACAGGUCAAGUUCGAUAUUGGGCUGGUGGGGCCAAGGUCAAGGUCACUGUUACUAAAAAUUGAAAAACGGUUUCCGGACGAUAACUCAUGAAAGGCAAGACAGAUUUGAAAAAAUUUUGGUACACAGGUGUAACAUCAGAAGAUACAGGUCAAGUUUGAUAUUGGGGCUGAUGGGGCCAAGGUCAAGGUCACUGCUACUAAAAAUAGAAAAAUGGUUUCCGGACGAUAACACAUGAAAGGCUUGACAGAUUUGAAAACCUUUGGGUACACAGGUGUAACAUCAGAAGAUACAGGUCAAGUUCGAUAUUGGGGCUGGUGGGGCCAAGGUCAAGGUCACUGUUACUAAAAAUAGAAAAACGUUUUCCGGACGAUAACUCAUGAAAGGCUUGACAGAUUUGAAAAUUUUUUGGUACACAGGUGUAACCUCAGAAGAUACAGGUCAAGUUCGAUAUUGGGGCUGGUGGGGCCAAGGUCAAGGUCACUGUAACUAAAAAUAGAAAAACGGUUUCCGGACGAUAACUCAUGAAAGGCUAAACAGAUUUGAACAAUUUUUGGUACACAGGUGUAACAUCAGAAGAUACAGAUCAAGUUCGAUAUUGGGGCUGGUGGGGUCAAGGUCACUGUUACUAAAAAUAGAAAAAUGGUUUCCGGACGAUAACUCAUGAAAGGCUUAACAGAUUUGAACAUUUUUUGGUACACAGGUGUACCUUUCAGAAGAUACAGGUCAAGUUUGAUAUUGGGGCUGGUGGGGCCAAGGUCAAGGUCACUGUUACUAAAAAUAGAAAAAUGGUUUCUGCUUCAUAACUUUAAUUGGGCAUGAGAUAUUGUGAUGAAACUUGCUGUAUAGGCAGCCUCUGUGAAGACAAUGCUUGUGAUUGAAAAUGGGGCCAGUGGAGUAAAGGUUUUUGUGCACUGUUACGAAAAUAGAAAAACGGUUUCCGGACAAACAAUACAUGCAUGAUAAAAGAAGAUGCAGUGUGCAGUAACCUUGGAGUUAUGGCCUCUUUUUAAAGGAAUGGUUUGCCAUUCCUGUGUCCAGGCGGCAUUUGGGGGUAUUCGUCACUCCUGUGACAGCUCUAGUUGUUAUUAAAAUGAGGAAAGAUAGCUAAAUACCAAAUGAUUCCUUACACAAUUCACAGCGUUCAAGUGUUGAUAGGGUUGUCAUUUAAAGUUUAGAAAUCUUUUUGGACUGUUUUCAUCACAUUGUCUCGGGGUAUUAACAAAUUAAAGUCAUAAUAAAUAUUUAAUAUUACUGACAAAGCAGUUGUGUUCUCUAUGUUAUGGUAACAAUGCUUUGCUGCUUGUUGGCCCCUUUAUACAGCCACACUAGCUUUUAAAACAUGUAUGUAAUUCUGCAAUAUAUUCUUAUAUUUCUUUAGAAUAUGAAUAAAUUGUUUUUAUUUUCA